CCUAGAGAUGCUCAACUUCACCCUGAUAAACGGCAAGGCCGUAAGGAUAAUGUACUCACACCGGGAUCCAAGUCUUCGCAAGAGUGGAACGGCGAACAUAUUCAUUAAGAACUUGGACAAGUCCAUUGACAACAAGGCACUGCAUGACACAUUUUCAGCUUUUGGCAGCAUCCUUUCGUGCAAAGUCGCAACAGAUUCGUCGGGCCAGUCAAAAGGUUACGGUUUCGUGCAGUUUGAACAGGAUGACGCUGCACAAAUGGCUAUUGAUAGAGUGAAUGGGAUGCUCAUGGCAGACAAGCAAGUAUACGUGGGGCCCUUUGUUAGACGGCAGGAGCGGGAUCAGGCUAGCAGUGCUACGAAGUUCAAUAAUGUCUAUGUGAAGAACUUGGCAGAGAGUGUGACUGAUGAGGAGCUCAGGAAAACAUUCGGUGUUUAUGGUCCGAUAACUAGCGCAGUUGUUAUGAGAGAUGCAGAAGGGAGGUCGAAGUGCUUCGGCUUCGUAAAUUUUGAGAAUUCGGAAGAUGCUGCGAGGGCAGUCGACGGUUUGAACGGGAAAACUAUUGAUGGGAAAGAGUGGUAUGUGGGGAGAGCCCAGAAGAAGAGCGAAAGAGAAGCAGAGUUGAGACUGAAAUUCGAGCAGGAACGGAAAGAGAGGAUGGACAAAUACCAAGGUGCCAAUUUGUAUUUGAAGAAUCUGGAUGAUGCAAUUGACGAUGAGAAGUUGAGGGAACUCUUCUCUGAGUUUGGGACGAUCACAUCCUGCAAGGUCAUGAGGGACCCUGCAGGUCAGAGCAGAGGCUCAGGUUUUGUUGCUUUUGCCUCUCCCGAGGAGGCAACACGAGCGGUUACGGAAAUGAAUGGCCGAAUGAUUCGCAGUAAGCCACUGUAUGUGGCACUGGCCCAGAGGAAGGAGGAGAGGAAAGCAAGGUUGCAGGCCCAAUUUUCUUCCCAGAGACUGAACACUGGAGUCGCAACUGUUCCUGCCAAUGUGCAGCUUUAUCAUCCUGCUGCUCCGGGAAUGGGCCAGCAGAUAUUCUAUGGCCAACCGCAUCCAGGUCUCAUGCCUCAGCCAAAUGUAGGGUUUGGUUACCAGCAACAGGUCCUGGCAGCGAGCAUAAGGCCUGGUGUGCAGGUUCAAAACUAUUUCGUCCCUGUAAUGCAGCAUGCUGGCUUUACUGGUGCUAUGAACCUGCAGAGGCAACCAGGACAAGCGCAACGUGCAGCAGGCCGACGAGGAACUAAUGCACAGCAACCACAGUCACAAAAUGCACAGCAACAGUUUGUGCAGAGGGGAGGGAAUAGAGCUUUCCGUUACACUGUAAACGCACGGAACACUGGAAUGGUAGCAGUUGAUCCUACUGCAACGGUCCCCCCCCAAGGAGUUCCCGUUGGUCCUAUGCUCCCAGUACCAGUGGACAUGGGUGUGCCAAUUCCGACGCCAGAGCCAGCUGCCUCAUCAAUCAGCGCCCUUGCAAGCGCACUGGCAUCAGCCCCGUCAGAACAACAGCGAACGAUGCUUGGAGAGUCUCUGUACCCCCUGGUGGAGCGGUUAGAGCACGAUCAUGCAGGAAAGGUUACCGGGAUGCUCCUGGAAAUGGAUCAGACGGAGGUGUUGCACUUGAUUGAAUCGCCGGAAGCACUUCAGUCGAAGGUUUCAGAAGCAAUGGAGGUCUUGAAGAUGGCGCAGGCACAAAUUCAAUCGCCUCCAACUGACGAGUUAUCAGCACUUCAUAUUGGUGAUGGACAAUCGGUGUGAUGCAGGGCCCACCCAGCCCAGGCUUAUGCCUGAAUGGGUAGGGUACAGUGGCCACAAGGAGUUCAAAGUAGAGUAAUAAAAGUGGGUAUGCUCCGGCAUUGGUGGGAAGCCAAGAAAGAGGCAGCAGGCUGUCGCUGUCAAGCCAUUCUCUCGCAACUGACAUCCGGUAACCUUGUCUCUGGUUAACUUUUUGAGCCAAGGGUGAGGGGGGGGGGGGAAGAGAGAGAGAGAGAGAGAAGGCAGAUGAUGAUGAUUGGUGGCUCAGGAGAUGAGAGUGAGAGAAUCGGAGGGAGACUUGCUUUUGAACUGCUUUGAUUGUUGUGCAUGCCAUGCCGAUCAGUGGCCAUGCCACAGGGUUUUGCUGUAUGGAUAUUCGUAUAUGUGUACUCUCAUAUGCAGGCUCCGCAUUCGAUUGAGCGAGUGAAUGGAAGUUUACCUGAGAGCAAAGGCAGUUAUGCGUGCAACUAACUGCCAAUUGAUCAGACCCCUUCAACAGAGGUGCGAGUGAUAUAGUGGGGUACGAAGUUCAGGGGCCUUUUGGUGUGGUCAGACUUUAUUGACAAUGUACACGACUCUUGAUUGACUAGGAUUGAUUGCGUGCUAUUGUAGAGGCACCUAUGUUCAGCCAGGCCAUGUACAUCGGGUUGGCCUGUAUGGAAUGCAAUUCAGAUGCCGCCAGCCGGAUGUGUGACAUUCAGAUGAUAUCAGACUUGGUUUGUGAUGUGUCUUGAGUGCUGGCUGUUCUCUUCCACGAAUUGUGUGUAUCUGCACAAGCUCAAUCUUCGUGGUGCUGGAAAUCCAUUUUCUCGCCGUCUUCUCUCUUUGCUUCACCUGUGGUUCCUUAUGCGUCUGCCUGCAACAGUUUUGCCAUCUCAACUGUCUGCCUGCAAGUUUGUCGUUCUACCCACCUAAGAGGGUAAGAGACUUUCCUCUCUCACCACGAAUUUCCCUUUGUGCUUCCUCCUCCCUUUCUGCUUCCUCCUCUCUUUAUGCUUCCUCCUCCUGUGCUAUCUUCGUCACCCUAGUGCUCCUCACUCAUGUGUCUGCCUGCCAGGUAUGGCAUCCGAGCUACCUGCCUGGGAGUUUGUCAUUCUACUGACCUGGGAAUCUAAGAGAGAGUCUUUAAUCUUUCGCCACGAAUUUUUUCCCCUGCGAUGAGGCUCUUCCUCCAUACUUCCUCUGCUCUCUUCGCCACCCUAUUCCUCCUCACGUAUGUGUCUGUCUGCAAUAGUUUUGGCGUCAGAACUACCCUACCCGCCUGCGAGUUCGGCGCUCUGGCCACUUAAGAGGCUAAGAGAGAGUAGUCUUGAAUCUGUCACCACGAAUUUUCCCAUAACGCUUCCUCCUCCGCAUUUCCUCUGCUCUCUUCGCAACCCUAUUCCUCCUCCUCACAAGUGCCAUCACCCCUACGUGCAAUUGCACGCUUCAUCAAGAAACUGCUUUAUGGUAAUUUUCUGUGGUUCACAUUUGGCUUAGGGAUUGGCAGGAACAGCUGGUUAGGUGAGUGUGAGCUCUACUGUUAAUCAUUGGCACUGUACUCCGACAAUAUGUCAUCACACGUCAACAAACGAAUACUGAAAUGCCGAUGAAGCUCUGUCACAGGCAUGUGUACCACAAGGUCUAGUUAGCGCUUGGGUAUUCCCGAGAGUCUCUGAGAUGCGUUGCAUUUUACCAAUUUUGCCCGGUGGUGUGUGUGUGGUUUGUCGUUUCGUUUUGAUGGUGUUAUCAACUUAUCGUCUGUCUUGGUUCCCCAGACUGGGUAUUCACGAGACUCUGUGAGAUGCGUUGCAUUUUGACAAUUUUGCCCGGAGGUGUGCGCUUUUUGCCCGGUGGUGUGUGUGGUUUGUCGUUUCGUUUUGAUGGCGUUAUCGUCUCUCUUGGUUCCCCAGACUGGGUAUUGACGAGACUCUCUGAGAUGCGUUGCAUUUUGUCA